AUUACGUGAUACAAAAUUUGAUAUCGGCAGCACGCCGCGGUUUUGAAAGCGCAUUACGAACUGCAAACGAUAUUGUUCUGUUUCCUACGGAAUACUGAAAGUUUCACAAAAAUGCCCGCAGUUCCCGGAAGUGUUUACGGCCAAAACCAGCAACCAUCGUGUUUCGAUCGCAUGAAAACUGGUUUCACCAUUGGAUUCUGUGUGGGGAUGGCUAGCGGUGCAUUAUUUGGAGGAUUCUCUGCAUUAAGAUACGGUCUGCGUGGUCGCGAAUUAAUCAACAACGUUGGAAAAGUAAUGAUUCAAGGAGGAGGCACAUUUGGCACUUUUAUGGCAAUUGGUACUGGAAUUCGAUGUUAAUAAUCUGGCAGUUCACAAAAUGUAUGUAAUAAAGGGU